AUGUCCGGAAUGGCAGGCGACAAUCGCUCUUCCUACGAGGAAGAAGCCACCGACCCCAUCACGCCCACCCUCCACAACCCAUCCCAGUCCUACGCAGACCACACCAGGGAAUCGGGCAGUAGUGUCGCGGAGAAAAUCGCCGAGGCGAUGCAGCCCGGCGAUAACAAGAGCACGACGAGGUUGUUGUCGGAUACGCCGACGGGGAUGCGGGCUGGGGAGUGGGAGGCUUCUGUUGAAGGAGGAGGGGAUAGACGGCGGGAUCGGGAGAAGGAGGAAGAGGGGAAGGGGGUGUUGCAGGCUGCGCAGGAGGCUGUUGCGAGGGCGUUGGGGGGUGGGUCGCGGGUUGAGAUGGCUGGGUUUGAUCACGGGUAUCUGGACGAGGGAGAUAUAUGA